AGUGAGGUUGUAUUCUAUCGAUCGGAUAGACCAGCCAUGAUAACGUGUUGGAGGAGACUAUGCAAGGGCAGGAAUACCAGAGGCAGGAACCACCAGAAAGUAUCUUGAAAGCUGGCUGUCACAGCAGCUUUGCCUUCCACCAACCAACUUGGCCACCCUCCCUAUCCAGAGACACUUGACGGGCUCCUGGGGGCUAGGCUCAGGGAGCCAGUCUGAGGUUGGUUGAGUGGAGAGGAGAUUUGGUUUAUGAAUCUUGGGAAAACGUCAAAGUGAUGGGGUAAGAGCUGUGUGAAAAACUUCAGUCAGAGAAAUUAAUGCUGUACAUUUUCUCCCAACACUGAAGGUUAUAGUAGGACCAUGGAUCUAUUUGGAGACAUAGGUGACAUUUCUUCAGACAGUGAUGGGGACAAUGAAAAUUCCAUUCCAGGGCAGCCUCAUGAAGAACGUGGAGUGCCUCAGGACCAACAGGAGGAAGAGCCGAUUUCUGAAGGCAGAAUAGAAAUAGAAAUCCCCAAUGUCAACUCUGAUUUGGGGAAUGAAUUGUACUUUGUUAAACUACCCAGGUUUCUCAGCAUAGAAUCCAAACCUUUUGAUCCUCAGUAUUAUGAAGACGAAUUUGAAGGUGUGAAAGUGCUUGAUGAGGAAGAUAGAACCAUGUUAAAAUUGAAGGUGGAAAAUACUAUAAGAUGGAGGAAACGCCGGGAUGAGGAAGGAAAUGAAAUUAAAGAAAGCAAUACUCGGAUAGUCAAGUGGUCAGAUGGAAGCCUUUCCCUGCAUCUGGGCAAUGAAGUGUUUGAUGUCUACAAGGCCCCCCUGCAGGGCAAUUACAACCACCUGUUCGUUCGAGAAGACACAGGUCUACAGGGACAAGCUGUCUUCAAAGCCAAGCUCACCUUCAGACCUCACUCUACAGACAGUGUCACACAUAGAAAGAUGACCCUGCUGCUUGCUAAUAGAUGCUCAAGGACGCAGAAGAUUAGAAUCUUACCAAUGGCUGGUUGUGAUCCUGAGUGCCAGCGCACUGAAAUGAUUAAGAAAAAGGAAUGUUUGAGGGCUUCUACUCAGCAGACAGUCCAUCUGUGGGAGGGGCAGAACCAGCAGGGGCUGGGUGUCCCCUACCAGGACCCCAAUAGUGUCCAUGAGGAAGAGGAAGGCAUCAAAGCUGUGAAAAACCAUAACCAAGGGGACCUUUGAGGAGGUGAGCCCUCCAGAAAAAGAAGAGCAGAGGUUAAAGAGGAAGAACAUGACUCAAGUAUGAAGUGUGUGCUCAUUGUGUACAGUUGACCCUUGAACACAGAUCUGAACUGCGCUGGUCCAUUUACACACGGUUUUUUGAUAUAAUGUAUUUUCUCUUCCUUGUAGCUUUCUUAAUAGCAUUUUCUUUAGCUUACUUUAUUAUGAGCAUAGUAUAUAAUACAUUAAACAUGCAAGAUAUGUAUUAACUGUUAUCAAUAAGGGUUCUGGUAAAGAGUAGGCUAUUAGUAGUUAAGUUUCUGGGGGUCAAAAGUUGUAUUUGGAUUUUCGACUGUGCAGGGUUUGGGCACCCCUAACCCCAACAUUGUCAGCUGCAUAUUAUUUUCCACAGUUUAUUUUUUUAAUAAUUUUUUUAAUGUUUAUUUUUGGGAGAGACAGAGCAUGAGCAAGGGAGGGGCAGAGAAAGAGGGAGACACAGACUCCGAAGCAGGAAGCAGGCUCCAGGCUCCAAAGCUGUCCGCACAGAGCCUAACAGGGAGCUCAAACUCAUGAACCACAAAAUCACAACAAGCUGAGGUCGGACGCUUCACUGAGCCACCCAGGUGCCCCAUCAACAGUUUGUUUUAAAGCAAUGAUUAAAUGACUUGUUUUGAUUGAAAUGAUAAAUCGAGUUGCUUUUGCAUAAUCCUAGUUGUGAAUAAAAAAUGUUCAAAAGCAAGCCUGUGAC